CUUGAAGAUGGCUCUUAACAGCGCUUCCCGAGUUGCGCUCCGCCGCACAAUGGCUACCCAGUCCAGCUGGACCCAGCGCUCUGCAUUCAACGCUGCUAGGACCUACGCGACUCCAAGCAAGAGCGCUACCCUCAAAGAGACCUUCGCAUCCAGCCUGCCAGAGAAGAUCGAGCAGAUUAAGAAGCUCCGAAAAGACUAUGGCAACAAGGUCAUCGGCGAGGUGACCCUCGACCAAGUCUACGGUGGUGCGCGUGGUAUCAAGUCGCUGGUCUGGGAGGGCUCUGUGCUCGACUCUGAGGAGGGCAUUCGCUUCCGUGGCCGCACAAUUCCAGAAUGCCAGGAGCAACUUCCAAAGGCCCCUGGUGGACAGGAGCCUCUCCCGGAAGGACUCUUCUGGCUGCUCCUCACCGGCGAGGUCCCAUCUGAGCAACAGGUCCGCGACCUGUCUGCUGAGUGGGCCGCCAGAUCUGACGUUCCAUCAUUCGUUACCGAGCUCAUCGACCGCUGCCCAUCCGACCUCCACCCAAUGGCUCAGUUCUCACUCGCCGUCACUGCUCUCGAGCACGAAUCCUCAUUCGCAAAGGCUUACGCUAAGGGUAUUAAGAAGAGCGAGUAUUGGGAGCAUACUUUUGAGGACAGUAUGGACCUGAUUGCUAAGUUGCCAACGAUCGCUUCUCGCAUCUACCGCAACGUCUACAAGGAUGGCAAAGUCCCAGCUGUUGAGAAGAACAAGGACUAUGGUUGGAACUUGGCCAACCAGCUGGGCUUCGCUGACAACACCGACUUCGUCGAGCUUAUGCGAUUGUACUUGACUAUCCACUCCGACCACGAGGGUGGUAACGUCUCCGCUCACACUACUCACCUGGUUGGGUCUGCUCUCUCCUCGCCUUUCCUCUCGCUUGCUGCCGGUCUCAACGGUCUUGCUGGUCCACUCCACGGUCUCGCCAACCAGGAGGUGCUCAACUGGCUCCUCGAGAUGAAGAAGACCGUUGGUAGCGAUCUUUCCGAUGAGAACAUCACCAAGUACCUCUGGGACACCCUCAAGAGCGGCCGUGUCGUGCCAGGGUACGGCCACGCUGUGCUUCGCAAGACUGACCCACGUUACGUCUCGCAGCGAGAGUUUGCCUUGAAGCACCUUCCAGACGACCCAAUGUUCAAGCUUGUUUCGCAAGUGUACAAGAUUGCCCCAGGCGUUCUCACCGAGCACGGCAAGACCAAGAACCCAUACCCUAACGUCGAUGCCCACUCUGGUGUCUUGCUGCAGUACUAUGGUCUCACCGAGCAGAACUUCUACACUGUCCUCUUUGGUGUCAGCAGAGCAAUUGGUGUCCUCCCUCAACUCAUUAUCGACCGCGCUGUUGGUGCACCAAUCGAGCGACCGAAAUCCUUCAGCACCGAGCACUGGGCUAAGCUUGUUGGCGCUAAGCUCUGAAUUGCUUACACGUUGCCUACACCACCUAAAAGAAACCCAGCACGCACCAAGCGGGCAUUGGACUUGCUCGGCGGCGAUGGCGGCGGAAGGACGACGGUCCAUUGAUGAUUUAAGAGCAUACAUGCAUGAAAUGUGGAAAGCGCUUCAGUCCGUGUAUUACAAGCUUCGAACUGUAUACAUAGGGAGCGCUGUUUGAUCGUGCUAGAGGUGUUAUUGUCGGUCACUGUCCGAGCUAGAUUUUCCUAUGUAUCAAUACCAUCAAAACAGCGGCAGCUGGCACUCGAGAUUUGAUGAAAGGUCGAAUGGUGUUUCAGUCAGUGCUGUAGUACCCUUCCCUGCCG